AUGGCCAGCGAGAAGGAGGGUUUCACGGCUGUUGGAACAAGAAAGUCGAAGAGACUAGCAGUCAACAGACCGUCAUUCUUCUCUCUUCCCGCCGAGCUUCGUAACAUCAUCUACGAAGCCGCCCUGAUCCAAGACUCCCCAGUUGAGGUCAGGGAACGCAGUAAAUGCGUCGUCCAGGCCGCCGCCCAGCUCUUCCGGGUUUCCAAGGGCGUCCGAUGUGAGGCCCUGCCCUACUUCUUCAGCUCCAACACGUUCAGCUUCGACCACAUGGAGGUUCUGGAAAACUGGCUGAAGCUCAUCGGCCGGGACGGCCGGAUCUUCCUGCGGCGGAUCGAGUUCCACGAGGAUCAGUAUCCCCACAACGGUCGGCCCGGCGGGCCUGGGUGGAGCUGCGCGCCCUUCUCCGAGAAUCCCUCGCAAGCCUCCCACAGGCAGGCGACGAGGAGGGUCUCCAAGCUCCUCGUCGACGCCGCCGCCGGCCUUCAGAGGCUGGAAGUGCGGUACUGCUACUGCUCCUGCAAAAUGGGAGAGCUGCUGCAGCUCCUGCAGACCGUCCGCACCCGCCCGUCCCUCGACCCCGUCGCCUCACUACCGGCCUACUUCGAGGAGCCGAAGAGGCGCAAAGCCGCCGAGAUCGCCGACAUCCUGUACAGGGACUUCAAGACGUUCUUCGCGGCCGCGCUGGACCGCGGCCGGCCACCGGCAGAGCUGGCCCGGCAGUUUGUGGUUGGCGGUUCCAACUUUGAGUGGUACCAGACGCGGCGUCUAGUCGUCGUCAGCGGUGAGGGACAACAGAAAACGGCUGCGCAAGAGGCUGUGGCGCGGUACUUGGAGGUGCUCCUGCAGAAUUAUAGCAAGUACAGAAGAGCCAGGUCCAAUAAAGAUGCAACCUGA